CCCAGAGCUGAAUCCCUCCUUGCUUGAUCGCUCAGACCAAACCCCAUGAGCACUGCUGGCGAUGCCGCUGCUGCCUCCACAGCGCUGCUGGCCAUUCUCGGACUUGGCCAAGACAAGCUCCAAGCAGUGGCUGCGCUGGUUGCACGCUGCGGCGGUGACGUGGAUCGCGCUGCCGACCGCUACUUUGCGAGCAACGGGCAAGCGCUGCUGGUCGCUGCUGCCCCGAGUGCUCCAGCGGUCGACCAGCCGCGCGCCGCGUCACCGGCAGUCUCGUCGGGAUGGCUGAAGAUUGUCGGUGCAUCAAAGUCAAAGCCGGCUGCUCAGUCGUCGUCUCGUGCGACUCUGCCGACCGGCAAGCGCAGUGCAAGCAUGGCUGAACUGGACGGCGACGCCGCCGCCGCCGCUGCCAUCUCUCCGGUGUUGCAUGAUGGCACAAUUGCAAUGCAGACAAAUGGUCCAUUUGACUUGCAGGAGGACGACGACGACGACAAGGACGGCGAUGCAGAAGAGGCUGAUGUGAAUGGCCGCUCCUCCACCUCGUUUCCCGCCAAAUCGAUUCACAGCGACGUCGACAUUGACCUUGGUGAUUCGAGCAACUCGUGCGAUGCGGGGGCUAUCGUUGCGAGCUCACUGGCAUCAUCAGCUCAGCUUCCUCUGGCAAAGCGCGCGCGUUCCGAAAUCAACACUCUUGACACCUCCAAGUUCGCCGCUGUCACCGAAGCAUGGCCAAAAUACCUGGGUGAGCUAGUUUGCAUUGGGUACGCAACUCGUACGAGUACCGGUCUCGCCUGUCCGGGCGCCGAGUUCACCACAGAGCGCUCGGGAGGAGUGCUCGCUGCGCUGCCAGACGACAACAAAGCUGCUGAGGCCAGUUCCACCACCACCAACGGCUCUUCCAGCUCAGCCAAAGGUCGGCCAUUUCCGCAACUGGCUGCCUCUCGAGGAAAGGGUAGAGCUGGCAAAGCCGAGACUUCGACUGUGAUUCGCUUCCUUGUGAAUGACUUUGAGAUUGGUCGGCUGCCAAGCGAUGUGUGCCAGUACCUUGCCCCGUUGAUCGAUUUCAACAUUGUUCACGUCAUAGGCACUUGCAUCGAUGCACCACCCAAGCUUACGUCCAUGGACAGUGUUAUUUUACAACUUAAGAUUUACGGGUUGCGACAAGGUUUCUCGAAACCACCGCAAACUGGCUUGAGCGCCGCGCUCACGGACGACGAAGAUAGCCGAGCGCUAUUGAAGAAGCAGUGCCUCGCCCACUUGUUCGAGGCGCUCAACGUUCGAACACGACGGUCAGAGUUUAAUGCGCAGGCAAUGCGUUCAGCCGCGUUUGUCUCUCACUCUGUGCCGCCGGCACCGACUGCCGAAUCUGCUGCGGCGCGCGACCGAGAGGACACUCUGGCGGCGGAUUUGGACCAAAGCAUCGAUGCCGCUUUGGAGAGGGAGAAUGGCAGCGCAAAACCAGCCACGCGUGGCGCCGACACGAGUGCACCGGCAGACGGCGAGCGCGCGCUCUCCGAGUUUGAGCUUGACACAGUGUAUCAAUCUGCACAGGCUUUGGACGCACGGUUGGCAGAGGUGGAACCCGUGGACACAUUCCGGACGCAGCUCAAGCCUUACCAAAAGCAAGCGCUGGGUUGGAUGCUCAUGCGAGAGCUUGCAGCGCGCAGUAGCGACGGAGCUAGCGGCAGUCACGGCAGCAGCUCAUCGAGCAGGGAUGACGCAUCUCGGAAUGGGAAGCAGACUGCCCUCCACCCGCUGUGGCAGGAAUGCGAGUUCCAGAAUGGCGACGUGUUCUACUGGUCGCCAGUCUCUGGUGGCUUGUCCGUCCACUUUCCGCAUGCAUCGUCCCAGGUCAAGGCGGGUAUUCUGGCUGACGAAAUGGGACUUGGAAAAACGGUGGAGAUGCUCUCCCUCAUUGCGUCCAAUCCUGCUCCGGCGGGCGUGGCUUACGGCAAACUUCCAGGCGCAAGAUCUUCAUCAUUAUUUUCGGCAGCUGCAUCAGCAUCGGCAUCAGCAUCGGCAUCAGCAGCAGCAGCAUCACCAAUGGUUUCCCUUUUUGGCACCCAAUCCAUCGGCAUCAAGCCAACAGCGUUAGACGAGUCCGACUCUUCACUCAAGCUUCCUCGUGCAAGAGGCACUCUGAUUGUGUGCCCAAUGUCUCUCUUGGGACAGUGGCGCGAUGAAAUCCAAACACACACAGCCAUCCCGGCCGAUGCUGUGCUCGUCUAUUAUGGCGGCAGCCGCUCGCGCUCAUUGGUUGAUUUGUGUCAGUCGUACGAGAUUAUUCUCACAACGUACGGCACAUUGGCAGCCGAUUUCGUGGCGUGGCGCUCGAGCAGCAGCAGCAACAGUCAAAGCACCAGCACUGGCGCAGCAGGAGGCUCACUCCUCACCCUCUUUCACGUCCACUUCCAUCGUGUUGUGCUUGACGAGGCCCAUACCAUCAAGACGAGACACACCCAAGCAUCGAUAUCUUGCAAAGCCUUGCACGGUGAGCGUCGCUGGGCACUCACUGGCACGCCCGUCCAGAACAAGCUCGAAGACGUCUUUUCGCUCAUCCAAUUCCUCCAGGUCGAGCCUUGGUGCUCGUUUGGGUUUUGGUCUGCCAUGAUUGGCAAACCGUUUGACAAGCGCGAUCCCGCGGCCCUUGAUGUGCUGCAGAGCGUGCUCCAGCCGCUCAUGCUGCGCCGAACACACAAAACACGCGAUUGGGCUGGAAAUCCGAUUCUUUCGUUGCCCCCGUUGCGACAGCAGAUGGUAGAACUUGAGCUGUCCCCUGGCGAGCGGGAGUUUUACAUGGCCAUCUUCAAGCGGACCAAGACACGGUUUUCAGAGUUUUGCUCUGCCGGCAGGAUGCUUUCAAACUAUGCGGGCAUUCUCGAGCUGCUCAUGCGUUUGCGUCAGGCGUGUGACCAUCCGUUUUUACUCUCCAGUGCGCUUUCUUCGACUGCUCGUCGAAAUCAGGAUGUGUCUGGAGAUCAGGUUAGCAGCUCAAUGAGCGCGCAGACGUCUUCUUCUUCUUCUUCUUCGUCCUCGUCCUCUUCCUCUUCGCUGGUGGGCAACGUGGAAGAGCUAAUCGAGGCCUUUCUUUCUGAUGACGGAAAUGCCACGUUAGCGGGCUACGCUGCCGAACUGCAGCAAACCGUGGUGAAUGGCAACCUUGGAGAGAAGGAAUGUCCAAUCUGCUUGGAUUUUCCCGAGGACAUUGUGGUUACGCCGUGCUUGCAUACCGGAUGCAAAGGCUGCAUGCAGCACACUGUCGCUCGCUUGCAUUCGUGUCCGGUUUGUCGGAAGCCCGUUGAACCGCAACAGCUGGUGCAAGUCGCUCGCCCUCCGGCCAAUCUGGCUGCUGCACCAGUCACAUCCAAUUCUUCUUCAGCUUCCAAUUCAGCACAAUUGACUGAAAUUGGCGACGAUAGCAAUAGCAGCAUUGUGACUCUCGAUGCGGAUACGAAUGACACGCUGUCUGCCGCUCGGGACGGAGACCGUGCCUCGCUCUUUGGCGUCCAGCUGGCCACGCGAAAUCGCACGUCCUCGUUCAUGCGCCGGGCGGAACUUGUGGGAAACCGACCGUGGAAGGCCAGUACCAAGAUUCUUGCGCUGGUGGCUGCGCUCAAAGAAUUGUGGACGGUCGAACAGGACGCCAAAGCCGUCGUAUUUUCGCAGUGGACCUCAAUGAUGGACUUGAUUGAGGUCGAGUUCCGACACCAGGGCUUCGUCUAUGUGCGACUUGACGGGUCACUGUCCCAGCCACAGCGAGAAAGGGUGCUCGAGGCCUUCCAGCGAGAUCCGGCCGUCAAAAUUAUCAUUAUCAGUCUCUUCAGCGGAGGCGUCGGGUUGAAUCUCACUGCGGCGGCGAACGUUUAUUUAAUGGACUCGUGGUGGAAUGUCGCAGUCGAAAAUCAAGCGCUGCAUCGGGUCCAUCGCAUCGGGCAGACCAAGCCGGUGAUUGUCACGCGGUUUAUUGCAGCGCGCACUGUUGAAACGCGGAUGCUGAAAAUUCAGGCCCGCAAGCAGUUUUUAGCGAAUCAUGCCUUGGCCACGAACAAAUCCGAACAGCAGGACUUGCGAAUGCAGGAUCUCAAGCUUCUUUUUGCGGAUGACGAGCCAGUGGUUCCCUCAAGCUCGUCUACCGAUAUGAUGGUUGGCGACAGCAUUGGCAGUUAGGGGGGGGGGUUGAAAUUGCGCUGGUCUGGACAACGUGAACACACAAAGUCGCUGUUGUAUUUUGAGUGUAAUUUUUGGCGCGUAAAAUAGUUCAG